AUGGAUAAUUUAAAGAAAGCAUAAAAGCUUAUAAAAUUUGGAUAAAUAACAAAAGAAGACAUUGUGAUUGGCAAUGAUGAAGUUGAUAGAAAAUUUUUGACUCCUUGCGGUCCUGUGUAUACAGAGUAUCACGAAUGUUUGAAAUAAAAUUAUGGAGAUGUCCUCAUCUGUGAUAAAUUUAGAGAGAAGAUGAUUGAAUGUGAAGUUAGUCAAGGAUUUUUCAAAUAUGACGUAUCUGAAAUAAGAAAAAGAAGAUAAAAACUCCAUGGUAGUGAUGCUUGAUAGAUUAAUUAUUAAAGAAGAAUUAUAGCUCAUCAUUAUUAUUA